CAUUCCGUCAUAUGUCAGUUGCUAGGUGUUGAUGUUUAUUGUUUUUGUACGAAACGAACAAAAGUCCAGAUUUCAUUCCAGUUAAUCGAGUUGUUUGCGUUAAGCUGUUCGGUUUAUAUCAAAUAAUUUAGUUUAUUUUCAGUGCUCAACAAGUUCAGUCUUCUUAAGGUUGGCGAAGAAUAAUCGGGCAACAUGAAGAUUUUUAUCUUCACCCUGAUAGCAGUUGCUGCUACUUCAUCGGCCCAUCUUCUCGGUGAGAAAAGGUGCACUUACGGUCCAUCAUAUUGGUGUCAGAACUUAACCAAUGCCGGGGAUUGUCAUGCUACAAAGCACUGUAUUCAGACGGUCUGGAUCCACAAAACAUAUCCCGAAGAUACUACAAGUAUCUGCGAUACCUGCAAAGAAAUGGUCAAAGAAGCCAGAGAUCAGUUGGAGAGCAAUGAAACUCAAGAGCUAAUCAAAGAGGUGUUUGAGGGAUCUUGUGCACUAUUGCGCGUUAAACCCAUAGUAGUGGAAUGCGACAAGAUAGCGGAUAAUUACAUUCCUGAUUUGAUUGAUACUUUAGCUUCGGAAAUGAAUCCUCAAACAGUUUGCGCCGUUGCAGGUUUGUGCAACAAUGGACGAAUUACCCAGAUGUUAGAAGAAGCGCAAGAGCUUUCAAAAAAACCUGCCGAACUUGAACCGAAGAACAGUCGCUGCGAGAAUUGCAAUACUGUAAUGGAUAUUGUCGUUAACAAGUUUAACGCCAUGGAAAAAAAUGACUUCUUGAAGCAAAUAUUGCAAGUGUGCGGAGAAUUCAGCAGUUUCUCUGAUGCGUGCAGCAAUCAAGUAAUUACGAACUUUGAAGAUUUAUAUUCAUUCCUCAAGCAGAACUUUAAUUCGAACGACUUCUGUUUGCUAUCAGGAGAAUGUUACACAAAUUUCCACAAGCACCAUGUUGAAAUUACCCCAAUGUCUAAAAUUGGAUAUGUUCCUGUUAAGAAUGAACAAGAUGAUUUGCCCUGCGAGUUAUGCGAACAAUUAGUUACACAUUUAAGGGAAGUUUUGAUUGCCAAUACUACCGAAGCUGAGUUUAAACUUGUCUUAGAAGGCCUUUGCAAACAAGCAAAGAAAUCGUUUAGCACAGAAUGUCUUAGCAUUGUUGACCAAUAUUAUGACAUGAUCUAUCAGUAUGUGGUCACUGAAUUGAACUCCACCACUGCUUGCACUGCUAUUGGAAUCUGCCCAUCAAAUGAAAAACAAACUCUUUUCAUUGCUCCGCUGCUGCCAGUAGAAAAUGUUCCAAAAGCUGUUAAACUAAAUCAAGAGGCUAAACCUGUUACCAUUCCGAAUGAUGAUCUUGUCGUCAAGGUGAUCAAACCUAAACAGGAAGCAAUUUUAUCAGCAGUCGACAUGCAACUUCCAAUCGAUUUGCUCGUACCCCCUCACCAACAAGUAUACAACCAACAGUUUUGCAUAUUUUGCCAAUAUUUCCUGCACUAUUUACAAAAUGAAAUUACCGAUCCAACAGUUGAAAGUGAUGUCAAAAAAGUUAUUGAUAAGGCCUGCUCAAAACUGCCGAGAUCAGUGAAUGAAACUUGUGUUGAAUUUGUGAACACUUACGAACCAGCGAUGGUUGCCAUUCUCGCGCAGGAAAUCGAUCCAUCUCAAAUAUGUCCACUGCUGAAAGCCUGUCCAAAGGAUGAAAGCAAGGACGUCGACAUCUUCAUGACUGCCCAGUCAUCUGAAAAAUGUCCUUUGUGCUUAUUGACUGUCACUAAGUUGGAAUCAAUGAUCAAGGGUAAAGCUACCAAGGAUGAAAUCAAAGAAAGCUUGGAAAAGGUUUGCAAUCAUUUGCCUGGCAAUUUAAAACCAGAAUGCACAGACUUUGUAAAUACUUACACCGAUGAGCUAAUCGAAAUGCUUAUGGCCGACUUUAAGCCUGAGGAAGUCUGCGUCUAUUUGAAAUUAUGUACGGAUAAAUCCCCAGCCGAUUUCAUUAUCAGCAAAGAUCCACAUGAGGAAUUUAGAGGAGAUACUGAAACGAAUGCAAUUUUCGACGACACUGUUGAGGGACACCAAGUUGAAAUGUAUGGCACUGAGUCAUGCAUUUUGUGCGAAUUUGUUAUGAAGGAAGUCGAUGAUAAGUUAAAGGACCAGACAGUACAGGCUGAUAUUAAAGAAAUUGUUCAUGACAUCUGCAAAGCAUUACCUGGAACAGUGAAAGAUUCUUGCAACAAGUUUGUUUCCCAAUAUGCGGAUAUGGUUAUUAUCUUACUAGAAGAAGCUCUAGACCCCAAGGAGAUUUGUACCUACAUGAAAUUUUGCAAACCGAAACAUGCCCUAGAUUUCAUUAGAGAUGAAGUAUCCAAAUGCAGCGGCUGCAAGUCUACAGCCCAAGUCAUGAAUCAAGUUCUGCAAAAUCCAAAAGUUGCCAGAACUAUGGAGAAUAUAUUUUCAAAAACUUGCCGCGGUAUGCCAUCAUCAGACAUGAAGAAAUCGUGCUUUACAACGUUCUUUAAAAAUGGCGAAUUGGAAUACGAAGCGGCCUAUCUUAUACUAUCAGACCUGGCAAGUCUUCAAGUUGCGUUGGCUUUCCAACCCGAAAUAGCAGAUUGCGUGAUAUGCAAAGCUAUCGUUAAAGGAGUUAGGGAACUCAUUAAGAAUAACAAAACAAAGGAUGCCAUCCAAAAAGCACUGCGCCAGGUAUGCAAGAAGGUGCAUUCACAUAAAUGUAGGGACAUUGUAAACAAACACUUUGAUCAAUUUGUAAAUUUAAUUCUUGCUGGUACAAAAAGCGGCAAAAUAUGUAGUUUGAUAUCACUUUGUACAGGCAAUCCGACAACUGCCGGCCAUCUACAUAUACUAUGAGUGAUAUUACCAAGAUAGCAAGUAAGUUCAUACACAUUACAAGUGUAUUUUAAAGAAAAAAAUUAUAAUGACAGAAUAUAAUUUUAAUCCCAAGCGGUAUUAUGUUAAUAUAAUAUUAUUUGCUCGCAUUUAAAUAUAAGUUUAAAGCUGAGAUACCUCUCAUGCUGGCAUUUUUCAUAAAUAACUGUCUCAAAUUAGAUAAGUUUUUCUUCAAAGAUCCCGUCAUCAUUUUCAAUUUCAAAGUGCAUGUUCUACACAUGGUAUUGAUGUAUAAUGUAUAUAAUUGACGAAUAAAAUUAGAUUAUAAAAAAUCUUUAACAUGU